AUGCCUUCCUUCAAGACCCUUCUCGCCGCCCUCGCCCUGCUGGCACCCCUGGCCUCUGCUCAGAUUCAGGGCCACUGCGACCCGAUCGUGCAGCAGCAGUCCAACCCCAUCGCCAAGCAGUACCUCAAGCAGUCCACCGGCACCCUCAACGGCACCAUCGGCAUCAUUCCCAUCCCUAUGGCCCAGGCCCGCAACCUGAUCCCCGCCAAGUACCAGAUCCUCACCAAGCAGAUCCAGCAAUGGCUGCCCAACCUCGGCGCGGGCAACUACCCGGCCAUGGUCCAGAUUGAGCAGUUCCACGACAUCUACCACAAGGGCAAAUCUGCCGGCAGCGGCGCCGACUUCAACCGCGCCCAAGUCAUGUUCCCCUUCGUGGACCGCUUGGGCGAUGGCUACUCCGCCUUCACCUACAGCAGCGCCGUCAUCGUCUCCGACGCCGCCGGCAGCGCCCUCAGCGGCCUGAAGAAGCUCGGCUACAAGAGCGCCACCGGCGGCUACUUUGCGUCUUGCAACGCCUACGAGUACGAGAAUGCUACCUCCAACCUCGCUCUGCCGCCCAACCGCCGCGGCAUCGACCAGGCCGCGUGGACCGAGAGCAACACCAACCUGGGCAGCCCCAACAUUGCCUACCGUUACGUGCCGGUUGCCAACUUCCCCUACACCAUCAACUACUUCUACAACGUCACCAACCAGCCCACGUUCAGCGAUGGUGACAAUUGCAAUAGCCUCGUCCGCCUGUACAACACCGCCGUCUCGUCGGGUGCCUACCCUCCCGUACGCCUGCAGGGCAAUGCCACUGCCCUCGCGGGAUACUUCAACCAGGGCACGUCCAUCUGGACCAACAUCUACGGCCUGAAGAUCGACGUCGCCUACCACACCCCCGGCAAUGUCAAGUGCCAGUCGCUCAAGGGCUUCAACGUCAUCAGCGCUCCAUAG